GGCGCGGGCGUUCGGCGACGUCACUGGGGCGGUAUGGUGCUUGCAGCUGGGCAGUCUUCUCCUCAGCGUGUAGGCUGGUAACCACGACCUCUCCGCCAGGUCCUGUGUGUUGCUGGCUGGAGAAGGGUAGUUGAAAACUCAGACCAAGCACAGUGUUUAUGUUGGUCAAAACUAGAAGACUAUGUCCGGGCGUGGCCGAGGCUGGAGGAUCCCUUCAGGCCAAGAGCAACCUGGCAAUAUGGCGCGACCGGAUCUCUGUAGAACUGCCUCAGCCCCCCAGCUACUUGAACCCCAAGCUUCGAGGCUCCAAUGAGCUAUGAUCCCACCACAGCAUUGCAGCCUGCCAGACUGAGACAUGAACUUAUGAAUUCAACACACGAAGACUUACAACUUGACAAACCAGCUUCAGGAGAGAUGGGGUUCCAUCAUGUUGGCCAGGUUGGUCUUAAACUCCUGACCUCAGGUGUUCCACCGGCCUUGGCCUUCCAGAGUGCUGAGAUUACAGCUGAAGCCUUGGGGAGCACUGAAGCCAAGGCUGUACCACACCAAAAAUUUGAAACACAUGUGAAUGAGCUGAAUGUGGAAGGACUACCGGAAAACAUUCCUUUCAGAAGCCCCUCAUUGCAUGGAAUCCCAAGGCUCGAAAGCAUCUUUCAAGUGGGCAAUCGAAUUAAGUUUGUUAUUAAGAGUAACUCCAGUUAGCCUCCAUUGUCUCCAAGCUGCCUUUCUUCCUCAUCCACAACUCCUCCACACAAGCUCUGAACACCUGUCCAUGUAAGUGACAUCCUGUAUGCCUUUAUUUUUAUUUUAUUUUAUUUUUGAGAUAGAGUCUUGCUCUGUUGCCCAGGCUGGAGUGCAAUGGUAUGAUCUUGGCUUUCUGCAACCUCUGCCUCCCAGGUUCAAGGGAUUCUCAUGCCUCAGCCUCACAAGUAGCUAGGACUACAGUUAUGCACCACCACACACACCUGAUUUUUGUAGUUUUUGGUAGAGAUGGGGUUUCACCAUGUUGGCCAGGCUGGUCUUGAACUCCUGACCACAGGUGACCCACCCACCUCAGCCUCCCAAAGUGCUGAGAUUACAGGUGUGAGCCACGGUGCCUGGCACAUGAUUUACUAUUUAUAAGAACAUGAGCUUACUACUUGUGUAACAUUUAUCCCUGUAUUUUAGUUGGAAGUUACUGAGGUGGUAUGAGGUUUGGUGACUACAUCUGGCCUCUCAGGGAAAUGGCCAAGUCGUUCAGAUUUUCAACUGUAUUAUAUGAAGUUAUUUGUCAGCUUCAUUGCUUAUUACUGUGAAAUAAGUUAUAAAGGGAAUUUUUUUUUUAUAAAAAGAAAUAGAUUCAGGCUGAGUGUGGUAGCUCAUGCCUGUAAUCCUAGCACCUUGGGAGGCCAAAGUAGGUGGAUUACCUGAGCUCAGGAGUUUGAGACAGCCCUCAGCAACAUAGUGAAGCCCCGUCUCUACUAAAAUACAAAAAAAAAAAAAUAAGCUGGGAAUGGUGGUGGGUGCCUAUAGUCCCAGCUACUGGGGAGGCUGAGGCAUGAGAAUUGCUUGAUCCUGGGAGGCGGAGGUGCAGUGAGCAAACAUUGCGCCACUGCCAGCCUGGGUUACAGAGCAAGACUCUCUCAAAAAAAAAAAAAAAAAAAAAAAAAAAAAUAGAUUUACUGAGGGGAGAGAAUCCAUUGUUCCAUUGUUAGUAAAACAUGUCUAGUACUACAUGCUUUUUGGUUUCCUAAUCACCUAUCAAACUACAGGGUUUUUGGCUUUGUAAUAUAUUCAGUUCCACAUUUAUUCAUUCAAAAA